AUGCCCAUACCUAUGGUUUUUGUGGGACACGGUGUCGGAGGCAUGAUCAUCAAAGGCAUCUUCUGGAAGUCAGGUGGGCCACAGCUCCGAACUUUUCCCAGCCGUUGGUAUGAGGACAUAGUCCACAAAGCAGUCGGAAUCGCUCUGCUCAGAACUCCCCACCUUACGAAAACAAACUCAACAGAUAGAGAGAGAAUACUAGGCGUCACUACGAGACCACCUACAUCCAGAAAGUCAGAGCCCCUUCUUAGGAAGCUCCUAGACCUGGAAGACACCGAAUAUUUCCGCUCUCUGCCAGAGGAGUUCGACAAGUGUAUCGGGCAAUCUGUUCCCUGUCUACUUAUCCUAUCAGUCUGGGAUGGCCGAGAAAGCGACGCAAUGCGAGUAGAAAAGACGAAGCUGGGGCGCAGAUGGAGAGCAGAGAAAUCUGUGAUAGUCAUUCACGAAUUAGCCAAGAUGGGCUUGCCAAACGAGGAGAUGAUGGUAGCUGAUUGCAAUCAUCAUCAGCUGUGCACACUUAGCAAUCCCGAGUUUCGAAAGAAGCUCAUCGGCUUUUGUCAAGAGAAGCUCCUGGAAGCACACGGCAGAAAGUUGGGAGGGCCAAGUAGCUCAUCCGUGACUUUGAACAAUAUCUUGGGCGAAGGGUCAAAUGUGCCCUCGCCCUGGUAAUCCCGUCAUUCAUUUUACUUGCUGCAGACAUGUAUUGCCACCAACACUCACUACGUACCCAAUAUCCACUAUCAAUACGUUACGUCUCUCGCAACCACAUGUAUGCAACCUCGCCAUGCACUGUGAAAGGAAUGGGAAAAGGGGCGAUUGCCUCCUCCGUGCACUGAUCAUGCUCACAUUGAUCUUAUGUCAGACUUUGGGCGAACACGGCAGUUAGCAUGCCAACGUAUGAGCCCAGUUCAAAAUAAUGAGGCUCGAGAGGAACGGAACUCCCAAAGGGACUACGCUAUCGCGGGCAAAUGGAUGCCACAUUGAGAAGGCAGCUUCCUGGGAGACGU